AAACGACGUUUUAGCGCCUAGAAGAGCAGUGGAGGGCCAAAUUUGUCUAACUUCACCCGAAGAGUUGGGUGAAAUUCAAAGUUUUAUCGAAAGGCAGCGCCCAGACAACACGAAAAAAAAGACGAUGUACGACAUAAAUGUUAUUAAAAGGUACUUUGAAUCAAUAUACGAGACAAGAGAAAUUGAAAACAUACCUGCCAAAGAAUUAAAUGUCCAGCUCGCGAAAUUUUUCAUGAAUGUACGCAAGAGAAAUGGCAGCGUUUAUGAACCUACUUCUCUCAAGGACUUCCAGAGAAGUUUGCAGAGAUAUUUGAACGACAAGAAUUCUACAAUGAAUAUCCUACAAGACCAGGUGUUUGCCAAAUCCCGUGAAGUUCUUAUAGCGAAGAAACGAGAGCUUGUCCAACAACACGCCAAAGGAAACCGACCACAAGCUUGUCGAGAGUUGACGACGGCGGAGGAAGACAAGUUCUUCGAGUUGGGUUUGUUCGGAAAACACGACCCAGAAGUUCUCCAGAGGACCGUUUGGUGGGUUCUUUCUCUUCAUUUCGGCUUUCGAGCGCGUGACGAGUCGAGAAAACUAAAGUGGGGAGACGUAUCCAUCAGUAAAGACCCCGAAACAGGCAGCGAAUUGUUGUUGUGGAAAGCUGAACGAGGUUCAAAGACCAGGCACGGCGACGGGCAACAUCAGAGAGCCUUUUAUCCCACAGCGCAAGCAACCCACAACGAACGUUGUCCUGUUCAGUUAUAUCGUGCAUUUUCCCAGCAUCGACCAGAUGAAAUGAAACAGCCGGACUCUUCAUUCUUCCUGGCUAUUAACCACCGUCGCCAGCCAGGUUCUCAGAUCUGGUAUAACAAAGCUCCACUCGGAAAAAACGAAAUUGGCAAGUUUCUUUCGAAGGCUGCGAAAGCUGCUAAAUUGCCUGGGAACAUCACAAACCACUCGGUGAGAAAAACCUGUAUUUCCCGUUUAAUGGAUGCCGAUAUUCCCGAGAAUUACGUCGCCCAACUGAGCGGUCACAAGAAUUUGAAAAGCCUCGAUUCUUACAAAUCCGCUUCGACAGCACAUCAGCGAAAAAUGUCGUUCGUUUUAAGUCGUUCAGGAGCCUCGUCUUCUGCCACAAACCAAGCGCCAAUUCAACCAAAUGAAUCACAAUACAGUCUCCAACAACAAAACCUUUCCUACUCCAACCAGUCUGCAGUCGAAGGCAUGUUUUCAGGGGCAACAAUUCAAAAGAUCGAAGGCUGUCAUUUCAACUUUUUUCUCAACGCGAGCAAAAGUCCGAUCAGAGCUCCAGAAGCAACUUUUGCCAAAAAAAGGCGUGUUAUCUUGAGCGAUGGCAGUGACUCGGACUAA